AAAAGCCACACAGUAAUGUACAUACCCUCACAUGUUUUGUCCUUUGACUUCCCAAAAAUCUUCAAUCCAUAUGAACCCCUUCUCCACACUCAUUUUCUGCCCACCACCUUCACCUUCACCUUCACCUUCACAAAGAUGAACCGCGAGUACUCAAGCAAUAGUGCAAGAGAAGAAGAGAAGAAAUACAAGGGAGUUCGGCGCCGAAAAUGGGGCAAAUGGGUGUCGGAAAUCCGGGUUCCUAGCAGCCAAGAACGUCUCUGGUUAGGCUCGUACUCAUCACCUGAAGCUGCUGCCGUGGCACAUGAUAUUGCAUUCUUUUGCUUACGUGGACCGUGUUCUACCGAAGGCCUGAACUUCCCGACCACGCUUCCGGCUGGUCUUCGGACGGACAUGUCUCCAAGGUCAGUGCAGAGAGCAGCUUCUGAUGCUGGCAUGGCCAUUGAUGCACAAAUAAUCUCCACAGAGAAGGAAGUGAAGGUCGAGGAGGGAUGUAGUAGUAGUAGUAGUCAUGGUGGAGCGAAUCAGCAUAGUUUGGAUAUAGGGUUAUGGGGUGACGAUGAUUAUAGAGGGACAUUAGAUCAGGGAAGUGAAGGUGGUGAGACCUUAACCAUUUCUGUUGAAGACUAUCUUUAGAUAUAUAUAUAUGUAUAUUCAAUCUCCAGUGGGUUUUGUAUAAUUAUUUGUAAUAUACAUAUUUGUGCUAUUAUACACUUCUUAGUUGGUAAAUAUGUUCUUUUUCAAAAGUAGAUAAAAUCGAGUAACCUUUCAAAAUGCUUGUAACAAUCUGGCCUUAUAUAUGCAAUAGUAAUACUUUAUCCGUUUUCAA